AUGACAGGCGAGAUCAGAGACAUGCUCAUUGAUUUCGAGGGUGUAUUGAGUGUCUCUCCCAACAGCGUCGCCUUCCACACAAGAGGUGGCGCACCCAUCUUCACCGUCAAGAAUGACAAGAUGCGCGAUCUCACCCAGAUCAGCUACAGCAAGUUUGACAACUCUGAGUUUGUCGUUGGCUCAAACAAUGCCGCUCUUUUUGUCAUUGAUUUCUACACGGGACGUGUCGUACGUGAGGUGCCCAUGCCUUGCGCCAUCAAGACACUCUGUCGUGCCCGUGGUGUGUGGUGCGGACUUGCCAACGGAGACAUCUCGAUGCUCGACCCGCGCACAUGGCGUGUCGAGCACUCGCUGUCUGCACACAAGGCCGACGUGCGUUCAACCGACAUCAAGGGUGACCUGUUGGCCAGUUGCGGCUGUUCCCCUCGCAAUGGCCAGCUCUUUACCGACCCCGUCGUCAAGGUAUUCGACGUCAAGACCCUUCGUAAUCUUCCACCCAUUCAAUUCAAACGUCCCUACAUGGUUAAAUUCCAUCCCAAGUUUUAUUCCUCGGUUGCUGUCAUCUCUGAAACUAGUAAUCAAAUUCAAAUAUCUGAUAUUCAAUUGGAUCAAAAUCCACCUUCUCAACAAAAUUUCUCUAUUGAUAACUUGUAUGGAUGUGUUCAAUCUUUUGAUAUGUCAUCAUCUGGUGAAAUUAUGGCAUUUGGUGAUACAGGAAGCAUUAUUCAUCAAUGGGCAGAAAAAGAUAACGUUAGAGUAAAUGUUCACAGUUAUGCAUUAGAGUUUGGAAGUUACCCACAAUUUUCCAAACCAAAGAGAAUGGAGGAUGAUUGGCCAUUGUCAGUGGUAGAUUUCACUCCAGAUGAAUCGCAGCUUGUCGAUGGAAACAACCAAGUCAUUUUGAACAGUAGCACAAAUACAGAAUUGGCAUCUUAUUGGAAACCAACACUAUCCUAUCCCGUCGGACUUCCAACUAGACCGCUCAACCCUUCACUUUUACAACACCUUAAGCAACAUGAUUUUGUCGGCUACAUCACAAAUACUGGAAUCUCUCGUAAACAAUUCAGAACAAAGACCUAUGAGGAUGGAAAAUCUCAUAAAACACUUUCCAAUCUUGCUCUAUCCUCCAUUUCUCAUGUUCGUCCUCCAAAAAGUUAUAGAUGGAUGGAAAUUCGUUUUACAAAACUUGGUAUUGAUGAAUUUGAUACUACUGUACAUAACAAAACAAAAUUCUCUGGUUUAGAAAAUUGCUUAUUAAAUACCUAUUCAAAUUGUUGUAUACAAACUUUAUACUUCAUUCCUCAUAUUAGAAAUUCAUUACUCAACCAUUUAUGCCAAAAAAAUUAUUGUUUAUCUUGUGAACUUGGUUUUGUAUUCCAUAUGAUGGAUCAAUCAAGUGGUAAAGCAGUAGUUGAAACAAGUAAUUUCUUGAGAGUUUUGAAACAAUUCCCACAAGCAGAGAAUCUUGGAUUAUGCUUGUCACACGAUCAACCAGAAGCACCCAUUCCAUUGUCUCAAUUAAUUACCAACUUUAAUAGAUUUUUAAUUGAACAAAUCCAUAAAGACCUUUUAAAACAAGAACCAAAUAGCAACAGCAACAACAACAACAAUAAUAAUAAUAACAAAUCAUCAAAACAUCAACAACAUAACCAUCAUCAUCAACAACAACAUAACCAUAACCAUAACCAAACCAUUCCAGCAACAGCAGUUGGAGGAGAAUCUAUUAUUGAUGGACUAUUUGGAUCAAAUGUGAUUUCAUCAAACAAAUGUGUCAAUUGUGGAAAUCAAUACGAAAAAACAAGUAGACAUUUCCAAUUUGAUUUGCAGUACCCAAAUAGUGCAUCUGAACUAGGACCAGAAGGUGUUACCUUUGCAAACCUUCUUCGAACCAGUUUGAGCAAGCAAAUCAAAACACCAGCCUGGUGCGAGAAAUGUCAAAACUACUUCUCGACCAUCCAAAAGAAGAACCCAUUGACACUGCCCAAUAUAUUGUGUCUCAAUGCAAAUGUAUCUAAAAAAGAAUAUGAAGACUAUUGGAAAUUCACUUCAAACAAUUUGACUGGAACAGUAAACCCAAGUCAAGAUGGAGAAUUAGAAUUUGAAAAUGAAACCACGUGGUUGCCCAUUAGAAUCAGAAUGAACAUUGACAAUGAAACCAACCAACUAAAUGUAACAGAGUACAAAAACACUGGUUCUCUGUGCACAGACCCCGAGUCCAACGACGAGGUCACCAAGGACGGUGUCUUGUAUGAGUUGGUGUCCCUCAUCUCUCAUGUCAAGGACCAAGUCAAGCGACUCCCCAAGCAAGGCCAUUUGGUGUCACAGUGUCGUUUGACCGACUUUUAUUUUGAAGGCAUCCCCUCGCCCGUCCAACAACCCAGCUUUUAUUUAUUUAACGACUUUAAAGUCAAGCCAUGCACAAUCAACGACGUUGCUCACUUUGAUUCGAAUUGGAAGACUCCGGCAGUACUUUUCUAUCGUCGUGUAGGGUUUGAAAAGAUGGCAAACAAUGGUGUCGGCGCCAUCCCCACGCUCUGCAACCCCAUCACCAAAGAGGUGUACAUGGCCAACAACCUCAUCACCUGUAAUCCCCAAACCGUCUCGUUUGUACCACCAACCUAUGAAACCCUCCCCAAGACCGACGACAUUGUCGCCAUUGACACUGAGUUUGUUUCGAUCGGACCCGAGGAAACAGAAGUGUCGAGCGACGGCAAGCGAGUCAUCAUCCAGCCCGGAAACUUUAGUCUUGCGCGUGCCAGUUUGGUGCGUCUCAACGGUGAGGCAUUCCUCGACGACUAUAUACAAUCCAUCGAGCCAGUCACCGACUACCUCACCAGAUUUUCGGGCAUCCAGCCCGGAGAUCUUGACCCUAAAAUUUCGACAAAGAAUGUUGUAAGCCUAAAAUCUUGUUACAUCAAACUGCGAUAUCUUGUCGAUCAGCGUGUCAUCUUUGUCGGCCAUGGUCUUAAAAAGGAUUUCCGUAUCAUCAACAUCUAUGUACCACCUGAACAAAUCAUUGAUACCGUCGAAAUUUUCCAACUCCGUAAUCAACGUAAAUUGUCGCUCAGAUUCCUUGCACAUAUUUUACUAAAUACUGAUAUUCAAACUGAAACUCAUUGUUCAAUUGAAGACGCUAAAAGUGCAAUGGAACUUUAUAAACAAUAUCAAAUUUUGGUAAAAAACAAAGAGUUUGAAGAAACUCUCAACAAAAUCUAUCAAAUUGGAAGAAAAUUAAAUUUCAAGGUACCAGAAAACCCAACUGAUAUGAUUAGUAUAAAAUAA